GGUGAGCAGCGGCCGCCAGCCUUGUCCCCUGUAGUCAUGUGUCACGCAGCCGCGCACCUCCUCCCAGCCGCCGUUGUUUCAUUUGCGCCAUUUUGUCCGCUCACUUUGUUGAUUGGGUUUUAGCGAGCUGUACUGGAGCCAAUCAGAGGGAAACCGGACAGUGAAGCUGCGGAAGAUUGAUGCAAGGGAAUGGAGCAGUACACCACUGCCACGACUACAACAGGGGAGCAGAUUGUUGUGCAGACUGCAAAUGGACAGAUCCAACAGCAGACACAAGGCACAGUGACGGCUGUGCAGCUGCAAGCUGAGGCUCCAGGCCAGCAGGUGCAGACACUCCAGGUAGUCCAGGGACAGCCUCUGAUGGUACAAGUGAGUGGUGGGCAGCUCAUCACUUCUUCAGGACAGCCCAUCAUGGUGCAGGCCAUGUCGGGGGGUCAGGGUCAAACCAUAAUGCAGGUUCCUGUUUCUGGAGCUCAAGGGCUGCAGCAGAUUCAGCUGGUGCAGCCUGGUCAGAUACAGCUGCAAGGUGGUCAGACUCUCCAGCUCCAGGGUCAGCAGGGUCAACCCCAGCAGAUCAUCAUCCAGCAGCCUCAAACAGCCAUCACCGCUGGACAGAACCAGGGCCAGCAGAUCAGCGUGCAGGGUCAGCAGGUCGCUCAGACAGCAGACGGACAGACCAUCGUCUACCAGCCUGUUAAUGCAGAUGGUUCUGUCCUGCAGCAGGGAAUGAUCACAAUCCCUGCUGCCAGUUUGGCAGGGGCCCAGAUUGUACAGGCAGGGGGCGCCAACACCAACACUACCAACAGCGGCCAAGGCACUGUGACCGUCACCCUGCCCGUCUCUGGCAACAUGGUGAAUGCAGGUGGAAUGGUCAUGGUAAGACCCUGUGCUGAGAUGGUGCCCGGAGGGGGCGGAGUUCCCACAAUGCAGCGCAUCCCACUGCCAGGGGCCGAAAUGCUGGAGGAGGAGCCUCUGUACGUCAACGCCAAACAAUACCAUCGUAUUCUGAAGCGACGGCAGGCCCGGGCCAAGCUGGAGGCUGAGGGCAAGAUCCCUAAAGAGAGAAGGAAAUACCUACAUGAGUCUCGCCAUCGUCACGCUAUGCAGCGUAAGCGAGGAGACGGAGGACGGUUCUUCUCCCCUAAAGACAAGGAAGAAAUGGAGUUGGCUUUGGCACAACAGCAGGACGUAGGCCAGACGGCGCCGGAUGAGACGGUGGCCCAGAUGAUCAGAGUCUCGUAGCACUGUCACCAACAUCAGUACUUCUGUCUGAAUUUUUCCUCGGACUCUUCAUCCCAGCUAAGCAUCGAACGCGUUUGUAAUCCGUUCUGACUCACUACGCCCAACCGAGCACUCAGUGGCGCGCUUUUUGUUUUUCCCUAAACGUCUUUGCUGCUUUUCCAGAGAGUCGCUGCUGAGCCAGUGAGGAUGCAUUCAUGCUAACGUUGUCUGGUUUCGUUUACAGGACCAGCAGCGUUUUGUUUUCUUUGGACUUUGUCGAAACAUGAGAAAUGAGGCCAUACUCUGUCAAACCCUGUAAAAAAAAAAAGACUUUUCUCCAGUUGAUGCAUUUAGUUUUAAAUCAUUUUGUAAAUGGUACCAGUUUUUUUAAGCAUUUAUUUUCACAACACAGCUGUUUUGUAUUGUUAAGAAUUCCUUUUAAUUUGAAAUGUAAUUAUUUAAACCUUUCUACUAUUUGGAGUGUAUCCUCCAUCGUCUGAGGACAAAAGAGGAGUUGUGUUAGUACUUUGAAAAUAUUGUACAGAGAAAUAUUUGUUCCCUCGUGUGUGUUGACAUCCUUACCAGUUCUGUUGGUGCAUUUCAUACAAUUUAUAGUUAAACUUGGUGUUUUGGCUGAAGCAAGGAAUAGUUGAGUGUUGCAUCACAUUAACACACUAUCAGUGUACAGUAGAUCUUUUUUCUUUUAGUCCACAUAGGUGGUUUUUAUUUUAUUGGAGGUAAUAAUUUUCUUUUUUUUAUGCAUCAAGUGCAGUCAAUACUAUUUUUUACAAUGUUAAGUGGUUGAACAUCGCUUUCAUAAAAUGUGUCAAUAAAAAUUUUGUAAAAUAA